AACAAGCGACUGAAGUGUGACUGUGUCACCGCGUGACCAUUUUGUGUCUCUAUUUUAUAAUAUUAAGGUAAGCAUAUGUUUUUUUCUAGGCGUCAUAGCUAUUAUAUUUUAUAAAAUAAGUAUAAGAAAUGCACUUUAUAGGUUAAUACACACAUAAUUGUUUUCUUUAAAAUAAGUUUAUACCUAAUACUUUUCUAUUAUUGAAUAAUUCCUGCAUGUUCAAUUACUGGUUUAAAUUUUUUUUUAAAUAUAGUAAAUGAACAGUGUGUUCAUUUACUGGAUUUUACUUAAAAUAAUUUUUUAUGCGAAUUUCAACCUUAAACAUAUCUUACAUAGAACUGAACUAACUUGAAUAAUAGCAUUUAUACCCAAAUGCAGUUAAACCAGUAAAUGAACGUUAAUAGAAAACGUUCAUUUAUUGGACGACAAAUAUUUUUCAGAUGGCUACAAAAUAUUCACGUUUUAAAUACACGGAGGAAGCUUUGGAUGCAGCAAUUAGUGAAAUUCAAGCUGCAACUAUUUCAUUAAAUAAAGCUUCUUCUAAAUAUCGCAUACCAAAGUCCACUUUACAUAACAAAUUAACGAAAAAGGUGCCACAUAUUCGAAAAAUGGGCCCCUCUACAGUUUUGAGCGCUCAUGAGGAAACUAGAUUAGUUAAUUGGAUUUUGUCAAAAGCCAAAUUGGGAUUUCCGAUGCAUCCCAAUGAGGUUAAGGACUCAGUACAAAAAGUCCUUAAAGAUUCUCAACAACCAAAUAAUUUUACUGAUGAUAGUGCGGAUGAAACCGGUAUAAGAACGUGUAUGAAGUCAGGUUUGGUUCUAGGGCCCUCCAAAAAGUUUAAAAACCUUUACGAGAUUGCAGGCGGAAACGAAAAAGAGUCAAUUACAGUGCUGUGCAACUAUGCUGCUAAUGGUGUGGCAGUCCCACCAAUGAUUGUUUUCCCAUACAAAAGAAUUCCUAAAGAGCUAGCUCUUUCGGUGCCAAAAGGUUGGGCUAUUAAGAAGGUCCGAUUCUGGGUGGAUGACCAGUGCAAUGUUUUUUGAAUAUAUUUUAUCCCUGGCUUUUGGAAAAUGGCGUUAUAUUUCCAGUAAUUCUUUUCAUAGAUGGACAUAAGUCCCACUAUAAUUUGGACCUGUAUGAAUUCUGUGUGGAACACAGAAUCAUCCUUUAUUGUUUAUACCCGAACUCGACACACAUACUACAACCUUGUGAUGUCAGUAUAUUUAGACCCCUAAAAGUUGAAUGGAAAUCUGUGUGCCGACUUCAUAAACCAAAGAGUUGUACACCAAUUACUCGGCACAACUUUAGCAUCCUCUUUAAAGAAGCUUUUGAUAAGGCUUCUAAACCAGAAACCAUUAUAAAUGGAUUCAGAAUUUGUGGCCUUUAUCCAUUAAGCCCUGACUCAGUUGAUUAUUCAAAGUGUAUUUCGACCCGGCGUAAUGAAAUCUUUAAGAAAAGACCCAGUACCGAAUUAUGAAUAGAAGACUAUAAAUGUUCCUUGAAAGUAUUGGACCAUUAUUUAAAGGUCAAUAAUAUCACAAAUUUGUCCAACAGUGUAGAUUCUUUUAAAAAAUUUUGCGAAAAAAACGCAGGUGACUCAACAAGUUUUAAUGACAGUAGCGAUAAUGUUGACCAGUUAUUUAGCGAGUCUGAGAGCGAUAUAUUUACAGAUUCCUUUUUAAACGACUUGCCCCUUGAAAUUGACGGAGUUUUAUAUGAGCCUCCAACUUAUCAGACAUCACCAUUACCAGAAAUUGAUGUAAUUACACCUAUUUUAUUACCUGGUGUGCAUUUGAAUUCCCAAAUAAAAUCAUACUGUUUAGAAAUUCUUGACACGAUUAUCGACAAUGCAUUUAUUAUUAUAGAAGACAGAGAAUUCCAAUCUGAGUGUAUGGCUAUUCCAGCCAAAACUCUCCCUUGCAGCGAAUCGAAGAUUAAAAUAUUAUCCAAUAUUGUCAUUAAUCCAGGAAAUAAAAGUUUAGAUAAAGUUUGGGAAAAUCAUCUUCACUGGCCAAAGCAAGAGGGUGUAUCAAAAAAGAGAAGCCAACGUAUUUAAAUGCCCUACGCAAUAACAUCCGAUAAGUGGGUGAAACAUCAUUCUGAACAAGAAAAAAAAAGAAUAGAGAAAGAGAAUAUAAUAAAGAAAAGAAAACUGGAAACGACUUUAAAGAAAACGUCAGCUGAAACUAAGAAUAAUUCAAAAAAGUUGAUAAACGGAGUUCGAGAAAAUCAAGUUAAAGAAAAACAAAAUGAUGUGGAAGCAACCAAGAUCCAGGAUGUUGAUGAUGAAAAUAAAAAGUUAGCCAGACAAGAACAGAACAAGAAGUUAAAAUUGGCUGUUAAAGAAGGGGAAUCAGAAAAGUUUAUUGAUGGAGUUCGAGAAAAUAAAGUUGUUAAAAAAGAAAUAGACGUGGAAACGAAGAGGCCUGACAAAACAAGCAGUAAAACUUUUAAUAUUGGAGACUUCAUGGUUAUAAGUUACCAAAAGAAGAGGUAUCCAGGUUUAAUAAAAAAUAUAGAUCAGGGUGCCCAAGAAUAUGAGAUCAGCGUUAUGGAAAAGAUAAAACCAAAUUUUUGGAGAUGGCCCAAAAAUGUGGACCAAAUUUGGUAUAAGAGAAAAUUUGUUUUAGAAAAAAUUUCAGAGCCAAUAUCAUCCAAAGGCAGUAUAUAUAAUUUAAAUAUUUGAAAAUUAAAAAAACCUUAUUAAUAAUAAACCUUAUGUUCAUUUACUA